AUGGCUGGAGAAACGGUGGUUCCCAUCACGCAAGCCCCUCCGUACAGGGUCCACGAGGGCAAGACGGCCGUCAUCACGGGUGGCUCGAGGAGCAUCGGCGCCGCCAUAGCCCAGAACCUCGCCUCCAAGGGCGCCAAUGUCAUCCUCAUCUACCUGAACGAGUCGUCCGACGGGCCCGCCGCCGCGGUCGCGGAGCAGCUCUCCAAGGCGCACGGCGUCAAGGCCGUGCCGGUGCGCGCCGACUUCAGCACGCCCGAGGGCUGCGCCAAGGUCGUCGCGGCCGUGCGCAGCGACAUGCCGCCCAGCGCCAAGACGGGCCGGCCGCAGGUCGACAUCCUCGUCAACUGCGCGGCGCUCUUCCACGCCGUGCCGCUCGAGGCCGUCACCGCCGACGACUUCCACCGCGUCUACAGCGUCAACGUGCUGGGGCCCAUCCUGCUGACGCAGGCCGUCCGCCCCCUGCUGCCGACCGACCGCUCGGGCCGCAUCGUCAACGUCUCGAGCGUGGGCUCCAAGGUCGGGCUCGAGUACCUGACGCUCUACGGCGGCAGCAAGGGCGCGCUCGAGGCCAUGACGCGCACCUGGGCCCGCGAGCUCAAGGAGAGCUGCACCGUCAACGCGUGCAACCCGAGCUCCACCAUGACCGACAUGCUCCGCGGCGCCUCCGAGGACGCCAAGAAGGCCAUCUCCAUGUGGUACCCUCUGACGCCGCUGUGCGGCAUCCGCGAGUGGGACUCGGACGAGCAGAAGGAGAUGGCGGAGAAAUAUGGCGGCCGCGCGGGAUACGCCGAGGAGAUCGCCGGGAUUGUCGGCAUGAUCUGCUCGCCGGAGAGCGGAUGGAUGACGGGAUGCCUCGUCAGUGCUAAUGGAGGCCAGUGGAUGGCCAGCUAA